AAGAGUCCUUAUUGACACUGGGGAACCAGCUAUUUCUGAAUAUAUUGGCUGUUUAAAGCAGGCGCUGUCAGAGUUCAGCAUCUCAAUUCAAGAAAUUCUAGUGACACACUGGCAUCGUGAUCAUACUGGUGGAAUACCUGGUAUCUGCAAAAACAUCCCUAAUGACUCUGAAUAUCGCAUCUGUAAGCUUCCUCGUGUCCCUCACCGUGAAGAAAUAAUAGAAGGAGGACAUAAAUAUUUUUAUCUUAAAGAGGGAGAUGUGAUACAGACAGAGGGAGCCACACUCAGAGUUUUAUAUACGCCUGGACACACUGAUGAUCAUAUGUCUUUACACCUAGAAGAAGAAAAUGCUGUAUUUUCCGGUGACUGUAUUUUAGGGGAAGGAACAACAGUAAUUGAAGACCUGUAUGAUUACAUGAAAACUUUGAAAAGAUUGUUACAAAUGGAACUGGAUUUAAUAUACCCAGGUCAUGGCCCAGUAGUACGUGAUGCAAACGCUAGAAUCCAAGGCUACAUUUCUCACCGACUUGCACGUGAACAGCAAAUUCUAAAUGUUUUCCAGAAGAAUGCUGGAAAAUCAUAUACAUCCUCGGAGCUUGUAAAGAUAGUAUACAAGGAGAUCCCUGAAAAUUUACUUCUAGCAGCAGAAAAUAACCUCCUAGUCCACUUGAAGAAGUUGGAAAAAGAAGGAAAAGUGUUACGUGAGGAGUCUCCUAGCUUCAGAUGGAGAAACAAUUUAUAAGUUAUGCAAGAUUGUGCAAGAAUAUUAUUAAUCUGCACAGUUGCUGCAUGAAAAAUUGAAUGAUGAGCUCAGAUGAUAUGUAAAAUAAAAACUAAUUCUUCUUUCUUUUA